GCGGCGCGCGCUCAGCUCUCCGGCUGCAGCUCCCGCGCCUCCUGUUGCUCCUCUGAGCCUCCGCUUCCCGCCGGGUGCCCAGGGUAGGCGGCCCGAGAGUGCCAGCUCCCGGGCAGCCUCCCGCCUUCCUCCCCUUCCCGCGCACGAGUCCCUCGGACGGCCCGGAGCGUCCCCAAGGGCGCGGACGCCAGCGAGCUCCAGUGCGCCGCGGACCGCGCGCCGAGACCCUGGGCGCCGCGCCGCGAUGAACGCGACCUUCCUGAACCACAGCGGCUUGGGGGAGGUGGGCGGCGUGGGCGGCAGCGCCGGGGCCGCCUUGGGGAACCGCAGCCACGGGCUGGGCACGUGGCUGGGCUGCUGCCCCGGGGGCGCACCGUUGGCUGCCAGCGACGGGAUCCCCGCGGGGCUGGCGCCCGACGAGCGCAGCCUGUGGGUGUCGCGCGUGGCGCAGAUCGCCGUGCUCUGCGUGCUGUCGCUCACCGUGGUCUUCGGCGUUUUCUUCCUGGGCUGUAACCUGCUCAUCAAGUCAGAGAGCAUGAUCAACUUUCUGGUGCAGGAGCGCCGGCCCUCCAAGGACGUAGGUGCCGCCAUCCUGGGGCUGUACUGAACACCACCCCAGCCCGUACCCGCCAGCGCCGCUGCCGCAAGGAGAAGGACCCGGGAGACCAGGACUCUCGUCCCCCUCAGUGGGCUCUGCCGCCGCCUCCGGGCAGGUAGCUCAAGGGGCAGCGACGUGCCUCUGGGUGCCCGGGUCUGGGGACGCAGCGGGACUCGCGGCGACGGCGCGGGAAGGGACUUCCACGCCCGGCUCUGUCCUGUGUGCGCUUCAGCGUUGGAGGGUGGGAGGCUGGGGGAUGAGGGUUCUUAACCAGAUUUAUUUAAAAAAAAAAAAAGUUUGAGGCACUGGGAGUGAGUGCGAGGCAAUUUGGGGCUGAGGUCGGUAGCGUGGGAGUUUUGUGUGUCGGUGGGGGUGGUGUGCGGGCGGGUUCCAAGCAGGGUGCGGGGAGUGUGGCUGACGAUCUGGAGAAUCUGAGUCGCUCAUCUUGUUCGGUCUGAUUUUGCAAUUGAAAAGAAAUCUUGUAAUAAAACUGCAACCGGAGGGCUUCGGGCGACCUCCCACCCGC